UGAAAAUGGCGGAACUUCCAAACAAGCCGGUAUAAAAUAACUCAUUAAUAAUUUGCGAAAAGUAGUCAAUUUAGAACGCGAUUAUCUUGCUCAAAGUGUAAUAUUUUGAGCCAUUAUGACUGAGAGGAAGUUUCAGCUGAGCAUUGUCCACGAUGCCUUCAAAAAGACGCUACAAGAAGACGGGAACUUAGUGAUGGACGAAUAUCUACGAGGUUAUGACGAACUUUGCAUAUUUUUCGAUAUGCUUGGAACGGUUUUCGGAUUCAUUACAUCAGACGUCAGAGAAAAAAUUGGAAUCCUUCAAGAGCACCGCAAAUCAGAAGUCGGCGAUAAGUACGUUUUAGUGCAGUCAAUGUUCGAGUUUGAAAUUGCCAAUGAUUUAACCCAGAAGAAAACGCGUCCUCUGUCUGGCUCAAGGACACUUUUAAGGUUACACCGUGCUUUAGCGUUUACAAUGCUUUUCAUGGAGAAGUUGAGCGAGUCAUCGGACAACGAUUCUUCUUCAUCCAUGGCUUCAGAUGCUUAUAAGCAGUCCUUGGAAAUAUUCCACCCAUGGUUAAUCCGAAAAGCAGCCUUGUGGGCCAUGUAUACCCUGCCUAGUGUCGGAGAUUUAACCAAGAAAAUAUCAGCACCAAAUAUGGAUAGAGAAGACGCAAAGCGAUUGUUGAAGGAGGUUACAGAGGUGAUAAAACCUGUUUAUGAUAUCACUGAGGAACUUUACUCUAAACAUGAUCUUCAUGGACUUCCUUGAUCUUUAAGUGUCCUCUAUUGUAGUGGAAAUUCAAUUAAGUUAAUUGAUUAUAGAUAUUAAUAUAUAAUAAUAGUCUUGUAGAUUAAACUUUGAAGUACCACUUAAUAAAAGCAUUUAAGUGUCAAUAGUACUCCCCAUUUGCUUUGGUUUUGCAUCACUAGCCUAAGGGGCUCUUUACACGAGCCUGGGUUGAUUUUUUGACCAGAUUGAAAAUACCGUUGAGUGCUAAAACUAAACAGUUUUAUGAACAGUCUGCAAAAGCAUGUGGUUUGCUUUGAGCCUGACCCGAACACCUUAUGAACACCUUGGACUUGCAGUAAAUGAUUGCCAAUGAUUUUUACAAAGGUGUGAAAAAAGUUCACAUUCAUGAUGUUCUCUUAGCCUAUGAUACCAUGAUCAAAAACAAAAACUCAGCCCUGGGCUUACAUUUGUUCAAAAAUAAUGAGAACAAGAAGGUAUGAUCAUAAGGCCUUUUGUUAAGGGUUCAUCUCUUCUUAAGAAAGGUUAUCAGCAUGACCUUUCAGCAUUCACUUGGCAAAUUCUCAUAAGUUUACUUUAUCCAUACUCAAUAACAAGGGUCCUUUUGAUGUAAUUUUUGAAAUAAUAUUACUUGCAUCAUGCAAAUCAUUCAUUAAACCCUUAGGUUUUCUAUGCUGAAUAUAAAAGUCUCUGAUCAAAACUGAUCAAAGCAUUGUUGUCUCUGAUCAAAGUAUUAUUUUUCUUAAAUAAAGGCACAAGUCUCCAGUUCUCACAAGAUAUUUCUAUUAAUCUUUCAAACUCUCUGAAAAUGUCUUUUCUCAUUGCUAUGCACCUUUGACCUAUUGAUGUCAGACCUUAGGGGCACUUUAUCUCCCUUCCCACCUCCAUAUUAGGAACUGUACCUCUUGAGGUGAGGGCAUUUAGUUUUUAGUCAGAACUUUAUUUGAAAACAGAUGUCACCUUUUUGAAAUGAACUUCUGUUCCUGAGAGGUCUGCUAAGAUUGCACUGAGAAAUCACUUCAUUCUGCAGGGUUUGAAUGUUAUCUAAAAGUUCAGUAAACAUUUUCACUUGUGAUUUUAUGUACAAAGUGUAAAAUGAAAAUUGACGGAAGCAAAACUAUAUUGUAGCUAAGUUAGCUCCUUUUUCAUAACAGCUACUGUUGCAGAAUAGAUCAUAAAAUGCAAUUCGGUUUCCUGUUUGGCUCAUUAAUCUUGUAGGGUUCUCUAAAUAUUGAAAUUUGAAUAUUAAAAUAUAUAAUUAUAUAAAAUUGAACAGAUGUAAUGUGAUACGAGGUAAUAAGUUCAGACAUGUAUAUGCCUUAAGCCUUGUUUGGGUAAUUUGAAGUUUGGCUCAAGUCAAAGGGCAGAGAAACAUCAGACACAAAGAUUGUGCGACAGUGUCAACCUUGUCGUCAUGUCUAUUUUUGGCCAGGAACGUCUGAAUAAAGAUUUAUUCAAACCAGAUCAGAUUGGAUCAGUGAUCGGCAAAUUUACAGAAGGUAGAGUGGGCAGCUGGACUGCUUUUCCAGGAAUAUUUUAGGGUCUUGAAUUUCUUAUAAGUUGUCAAGCCUCCACACAGUUGUGUUCUUAACCAAACUUCUACAGCAUCAUGUUUCUCAAUUCCCUGGAAUUUGCUAGAGUUGACCCUUUUUCUUUGUUCAUGGUGUUGCAAAGUUAACAAGCAUUGUCUGAGGAGUUAA